UGCCAAAAUGUCAUUUUCUUCUUUCAGGGCACUUCAUUGCUGACAGACAGCAACAGGCUCCAUCAGGGGAAGGAAGGAACAACAUAUUUCUUAAUCGUGGACAACGCUGUCACGGAAGAUGGUGGCGUUUACACCUGUGUUGCCAAAAACGCAGGAGGGGAGGUUUUGUGCAAAGCAGAGCUUAUUGUCCAUGAAGGUAAGAAAGACCAAGCAGCAAAGAAAGUGGCCACCAGGAGAAAGCUCCAUUCCCUUUAUGAGGUUAAGCAGGAGAUUGGAAGGGGCUGCUUCAGCUUUGUGAAACGAGUCGUGCACAAAGGGAACCGAGUGUCUUGUGCUGCCAAGUUCAUACCUUUACGAAGCAAAACGAAGGCUCGAGCGCAUCAAGAGAGGGAUAUCCUUGCCUCUCUGUCCCACGACAGAAUUACCAGGCUCCUGGAUCAGUUUGAAACGCGGAAAACACUGAUUUUGGUCCUGGAGUUAUGCUCCAGCGAAGAGCUCCUUGACCGUUUACUCAAGAAGAGUGUCGUCACUGAAGCAGAGGUCAAAUUGUAUAUCAAGCAGAUUUUGGAAGGAAUCAAGUAUCUUCAUGACAAUAAUGUCCUUCAUCUGGACAUUAAGCCGCUGAAUAUCCUCAUGGUUUAUCCUGAAAGGGAAGACCUUAAGCUCUGUGACUUCGGAUUUGCUCAGAAGAUCACGCCCUUUGAGCCUCAGUUCAGCAAAUACGGGUCUCCGGAGUUUGUUGCCCCAGAAAUUGUUUCUCAGUCACCAGUGUCAACAGCAACCGACAUCUGGGCUGUUGGUGUCAUCACGUAUUUAAGCCUAACGUGCAAGUCUCCAUUUGCUGGGGAGAACGACAGAGGAACCCUUCUAAAUAUCCAGAAUGGGGAAAUUUCAUGGACCGUUCCUGAUUUUGUUCACUUGAGUGAAGAUGCAAAGGACUUCAUGAAAGGGAUCCUGCAGCAGCGCCCCAAAGCCAGGCCUAGUGCUUUGGACUGUCUUUCCCACAAGUGGUUCAUGCAUAAUCUCCCCCUCGAAUCAGCUCAUUUCAUUAACACCAAGCAGCUCAAAUUCAUUGUGGCUCGGAGCAAGUGGCAGCGGUCUCUGAUGUGCUAUAAAUCCAUACUGGUGAUGAGGUCUAUCCCAGAAAUCCUAGAAAGGACUCACGACAACACCUCCCUGGCCAUCUCCCGACACCUUAUCGAAGAAAGCACGUCGUCCAGUACCAGCGGCUCCUCUUCAGACAAUGAGAACUCGCAUUUCCCCAAGAAGAGGCACUUCGGCUCUACACCCGAACUGCACUUGUCCAUAUUUGACGCACCAAGCCAUCAAGAGCCUCCAAAACAUGCAGGUGAAGAGAAGCACUCGAAAAUCUCCAUCCCUCCAAUAAAACCCAUGAGGAGGAAGUACACUUCAGUGAAGGCUGAGAGCAGUUCGAACUGGAAGAAGAAGAAGGAAGCCAACGAAGGUGUUCAGCCGAAGCUGAAGACCUGCAAAGAGGGUAGACCUGCUGUCCUGGAGGAUGAAGUACCAGGGGGUAAAAGAGGAGAAGCCUCUGAGCGGGAUGACCUUGCCGAACCCUCUCUUGUCGUGAGUGAGGAGUCAGUGGUGCAGGAAGGGCAGGGAGCACAGACGCUUCCCUGUGAAUGUGAGCAUCUGGAGGACUUAGCGUUCGAGAGCCUCACUUCUAGCCAAGUGAGUGUUUCCUCAACAGAGAGCGUGGACACUGGAAAGAGACCCAGCCAAGUGCCAGUGAGCAAGGACACUGGGAAACACCCGGAAGUUUCUUUGGUGAAAAUCAAAGACCUGUCGGACGAAACACCCAGCCUUGGCAGUGGAACUCCAAAACUAGACAUAUCGGAGGUAGAGCCUGCCUAUUUGAAUUUCUCGGAUUUGUAUGACAUUGUCUAUUUUCCAUUUGAAUUUAUGAACUAUAGGAAGCCUCCACCCAAACCGACUGGUAGACGGUUUAUACCUUUUGUGCCUUCGUUCACUGAGGAGCUCAUCGAUCAGGCUGCUGCUGUCGGACAGUGCGUGACGCUGUCGUGCCGGACAGCCGCUCACUCCUCCCUGCACAUCACCUGGUUCAAAGAUGGGAUACCUGUCCACAGCAGCAGCCGGAUCCUCAUCUCAACCACUCUCAAAAACUUCCACCUGUUAACUAUUCUCUCUGUUAGUGCCGAAGAUUUUGGUAUUUACACCUGUGUGGCCACAAACUCCCUGGGCUCAGCAUCCACCUCUUGCAUCAUAAGGAAAGCAGAGGUUCCUCCCAGCCCUCCACCCCCUGACAUCGUGGAAGUCUACGAGGAUGGAGCGCAGGUGGUCUGGAAACCUGUGGAAACCAACACCCCCGUCCACUACACCGUCCAGUGCAAGAGCGAAGAUGGGGAGUGGACAACCCUUGCUUCUGACAUCGCUGACUGCUGCUACUAUGCCAAAAAUCUCUCCAAGGGGUAUAUCUACUGCUUCAGGAUAGCCUGCUCCAGUAAAGCGGGAAUGGGCCCUUACAGCGACCCAUCUGCCAAAGUGAAAAUCACUGGGAAGGAUCAGAUUGCCGCUGAAGAAGAGAGCGAAAUAAUCGCACCGUCCGAGCCUUUCCCAACCUACCAGACCUACGCCUUCCAAACAGAGAUCAAAAGGGGGCGUUUCAGCAUCGUCCGGCAGUGCAGGGAAAAAGUGAGCGGCAAGACUUUGGCUGCUAAAAUUAUCCCUUACUGGCAAGAGGACAAGCAGGCUGUGCUCCUCGAGUACCAAGUCCUGAGGAAGCUUCAUCACACAAACAUAGCUCAGCUGAAGGGAGCCUACGUCAGCCCACGGCACUUAGUGCUGAUCCAGGAGAUGUGCGUGGGACCGGAGCUACUCCACUCCUUGGCAUUACGGACAUCGUACUCAGAAGUGGAAGUCCGAGAUUACCUGUGGCAGAUCCUCAGCGCCAUUGAGUAUCUCCACGCACACAACAUCCUGCACUUGGAUCUCAGAUCUGAGAACAUGAUCAUCACCGAGCCCAACCUGCUGAAACUCCUGGAUUUUGGCAAUGCACAGUUCUACACACAAGACAAAGUUAUUACCAUGGACAAGUGCACGGACUACGUUGAAACCAUGGCUCCAGAGCUGCUGACGGAGCAAGGAGCCCUCCCGCAGACUGAUAUCUGGUCCAUUGGAAUCACAGCCUUCGUCAUGUUGAGUGCCAACUACCCCGUCAGCUCUGACGUAGCCUGCGAGUUUCUGAGAAUGACCAGGAAGGGGAAAGUGAAGCUGACGCGGUGCUACGCGGGUCUCUCCGGGGGAGCGGUGUCAUUUCUCCAGAGCACGCUGUGUGCAAAUCCCUGGGGAAGGCCGUCAGCCUUGGAGUGCCUUCAGAGCCCAUGGCUCCAGGAGACGGGUUUGGACAACAGGCAGCAAGCACUGGUGACCUUCCCCACCACCAAACUGAGGAAUUUCCUCACCGAACGGGAAAAGAAAAGGGGCUUGCUGUGUUCCAAGUACGGCCUCAUGAUUGCACAGUGA